GGCCCAUCGCACCAGUCGUCGUCGAACGUCCGCACUCGUCAGUAUUGUCCGCCGUGACUCGUGCAACGCAGUGCGUCUACCAGUUUAUUUAUUUUUUUUUUAUCAUUUUCGCCGUCGUCGUCGUCUUGCACGUUUUCCUUUUGCGUUUUAUUCGCUCGCGACGUGAAAUUAUCAUUGAAACCAUGAAAUCCGUACCGUUGUGCCGUAACAGUGAAUCCGGCUCCGUGACCGGCGGCCGAGUGCACCGAAAGCGCGGCGACCUGGAAGACGAGAAAAUCCAAAAGUACCUGUCCAAGUUGAAGGAUCUGGUGCCGCUGAUCCCUAAGGACAAGCGGAUAUCCCGGCUGGAGGUGAUCCACCACGUGAUCGACUACAUUUGCGACCUGGAGGACAUGCUGGAGAAUCACCGGUCGGUGAACGCGGACGCCGUGCACACGGCCGCCGCGGCCGUCAUGCUGUCGUCGUCCGUCCAGGCGGCCGCCGUCCGGCAACCGUUGGGCAUCAUAACGGCGCCAAACGCGCUGGCCAACACGGGCGCCGCCGCCAUGGCCGCCCAUCAACAACAGCCGCCGACCUCGUCGUCCUCCGCCGCCCAACCGACAAUGUCUACCUUGGGCUCUCGUUCGACACAAGACAAGCUGUCGAAUUCGCCGGAAUCAAGAGCAGUUAGCUGUUAAAAACGAACACAAUUUUUUUAAUUUUAAUUAGAACUUAAAUAUUUUAUGAAGAAACAAACAAAUACAAAAAAAAAAAACGUCGCUCAUCAUAUCCACCAAACACGUUCGCCGACACAAGACGUGUACUAUUCGUCGACCAAAUAUUCAGUUGAGUACGAAGAAAUUUUAAUAAUAAUACUAUUAUUAUUAUUAUUUUCGAUAAAUUAUCAUUGUCGACACAUUCCAAAAAUGCUAAAAAAAACAAACAAAACUAAAUAUUAAUAAUUAUAAUAGACAUGCGUUGAGUUUACGAACUCUUUUUCAUUUAACUUUUGUUUAUUUUUAAUUUUUUUGUAUUGUUUAUGUUAAAGCGCGUUUUUUUUUUAUUAGUUGUACAGAUUUAGGCUAAAGGUCCUAAUAUUGUUAUUAUUUUUAUUAUUAUAUAUAUUUUUUUCGUUAUGUCUGUGAUCCUAUCGAUGUAGAGCCUAGGUUUUAGUAUUUAUAUAGUUUUUUUUUCGGUACCUUUUACCUAGUAAAACUGAAAUUAUAAAAAAAUAUAUUAUAUUUAUGCGACCCUCCGAGUAAAAAGCGGACGGAUUAAUUUUUACCUGAAUCCUACAUAAUAUAUUAUUAUUAUUAUUGUAAUAAAAUAUAAUAUUAUGCGCGAGAUAA